AUGGCAAGCCUGUGUGCAGCCGUCUGGCCAAAGCCGAUUUCCCUCAUACCUUGUCUUUCAUGGACAACGGCCUCAGUGGUAUUCGUCGAUGGCAUCAUGUCAAUGGCAGUCGACUGGAAGACCUUGACAGAACAGUACUUCUCCGACUCGAUAUACUGUGACCGCAUUCGUUCCAUGAUACAGCCAUCUGUCCCCGACUGUUAUCGUUAUCUACCUCCACCGCCGGAGACGCCCACUCCUGCCUCUUCGGGUCAUCCGUUACAUGACAGCGCUCCUGGUUCUCCUACGCAUGUGAAUGUUCCCCAGUUACAUACUCCCACGGCGGACACUUCCACUGAGACUCAUCUUCCUCCACAUCAGCACGUCCUUCCUGAAUCCCCCGUAGUUGAUAACCAUCGUGAUCUCUCGGUUGGGCCGUCAACUCAGUCGACGGAUGCCGAACUCACGACGCCUACCUCCGUCCAAUCAGAGUUGGCUAGAACGCUGCUUUUCUAUGAUCUUGCUUUCCUAAAGCGAUUACAGCCAACGGGACUUUGGUCUUCUUGGAAUCUCCCGGACAGUUUACGUCGACCCUUUGACUCUUCCCUGUGGCACAUUGGCUUUUCCAUGCUCCGUUCAUGGCCAGAGGGCUUGGUUACCGGUUUCAGUCCGCCAGAUCCUGAAGUCAGCCAGUUCCUACGCGAUUUGCUGGACUUCUUUACUCAUCUGGGAAAUUUUCCUCCCCUAGCGGAUCCCCGUUUGCUGCUCGCAGUCACAGCCGAACAGGACGCGUAUGUCCCACGACAUGGAGUUGUCCCGUUGAACCAAUUGUAUUUGGGUUCAGAAAUUCGUUUUCUUCCUCAAUCUGGCCACGUCGGUGCCUACUUGCGAAACGCUGUUUGGACUGUAGACUUUCGCCGAGCCAUCGUGGACUGUCUCAACCGGCAAAUCGAACUUCACCAUGGCGAAACUGGGCCAUUUGGCGCAUCUCAGACCAGUCCUUUCGUCAAACGGAAACGUUGACCUCUCCCUUUUCCCUUGUACUUUUUUCACUCUGACCCUUUCUGCCUUUCGGAUUAUUUUGUCUGACAUUCACCCUCAUUUGUAUCAAUUUCUAUUCUUGUUUCAUUUAGAUUUUGUCCGAAAGAUCCGAGUGGUAUCGACACCUACAAAUGAAU